GGUCCAGCCUCAAAAUGGCGGCUCUGUACAAGGUUGUGAGCAGCGCGAGACGCGGAGGAACGUGUUUAUUAACGAAACGUGAAGUUUUUGUCGGGAGCAGAUUUUACAGCAGCGGCGAUGGAGGCGUUUCUGCAGGAGGAGAAGAAGAGAAACAGAAAAGUGGCUUUGCUGCUGCUUAUGAGCUUCACUCCGAGCUGAAACAACAGCAGCAGGACACCAAGAGCCACAAGGUUCGCAAGAGCUCAUCGGACGACACCCAGUCCUUCGCAUCACUGUUGCGUCACUCGCCGUUGAUCCAGAUGGGUCCGGCUAAGGACAAAAUCGUCAUCGGCAAAGUUUUCCACGUGGUUCAGGACGACCUGUACAUCGAUUUCGGUGGCAAGUUCCACUGCGUGUGCAAGCGGCCCAAGACGGACGGCGAUAAAUAUCGGUGGGGCAGCCUCGUUCGGCUCAGGCUGGAGGACCUCGAGCUGACCUCGCGCUUCCUGGGCGCAAACACGGACACCACGCUGCUCGAGGCCGACGCCACCCUCCUCGGACUGCUCGAGGGGAAGGAGGCCAAAGACCAGUAGCAGCUACAACUCAUCUGAGACUGUUAAUUGUUUAUCGUUGUUCUGUGAACAGAGAUUAAUAAAUACACUUAAAAAACUGUGUUUGAAAUGUCGACCAUCUAAAGGAAUGGCUUGGGAACGUUUUAUUUCUUAAGUUUAUAUUAACGCGCUAGUUUGAAUUUGUUAUCGUUUCUAUAGCAACAGCUUGCACAGGGUGAAGGAAAAAAUCCAUAAUCAUCGAUAUGGUGACGUUUUCUGUGAGGAGUCGUUUACCGAACUCCUUUUUUUUUGGAAGGAGUCUCCAGUGUCAGCACUUCAUAACAUUUUUAUGCUUUCUUGGUAUCAUGACGUUCCAGAAUGUUCAAUGCAACUAUAAAGGGAUUAAAAAACAAACUGUGUAUCAUUAUUUAAUUAAAAAAAAAACGAACAAAAAAAACCCCAGCGUUGACAAACUGCUGUGGUCUAAGAGGAAUAAAACCUCAAGUGUUUUUUAUUCCUCACGGACACAGGCGGCCAUUUUGGAAUCGACCGAUCUAGCUUAAAAUCAGCAUAUUGAUUUUACUUCAGCAGUUUAUG